AUGAUGCCAAUAAAUGAAUCCAAUCCAAAUGAAUUCACUGUACAAGGUAUUGCAGACUCACCACAUCUUCGAAUAACUCUUUUUACUGCAAUUUUAUCAGCAUACCUCAUCAUUAUCUUUAGUAAUCUGAUAAUAUUUGCAUCUAUAAUUUUGGACUCUCAUUUACACACACCCAUGUACAUCUUCUUGUGUAACCUAUCAGUCAUUGAUAUUUCCUACACCUCGACCAUUCUACCCAAACUUUUGUCCAUGCUCAUCACUCAGUGUAAGACCAUAUCCUUUCUAGAGUGCUUUAUUCAGCUGUAUUUUUUCAUGUGCUUUGCUUGUACAGAGAUCUUACUUCUGGCUGCCAUGGCUUAUGAUCGCUAUGUAGCAAUCUGUCACCCUCUUCAUUACUCAAUACUUAUGAGUCCAAAGCACUGUGUUCGACUAGUACUUGCGGUGUGGGUUAUGGGUUUCCUCGAUCCUGUUGCACAUACUGUUUUAAUUGCUAAUUUUUCAUAUUGUCGUUCUCACCAAAUUGACCACUUUGUCUGUGAUUUAACCCCAUUGCUUAAACUUACCUGUAGUGAUACCUUUAUUAUUGAGAUAUGUACCUACAUUGAUGGGACUUUCUUCACUGCUAGUGCAUUUAUACUUACAUUGAUAUCUUAUGUGUUUAUUAUUUCUACUAUCCUAAACAUACAAUCAGCAAGUGGUCGACAUAAAGCUUUUUCUACCUGCAGCUCUCACAUAACUUGUGUUAUUAUAUUUUAUGGAACAAUUAUCAGUAUGUAUAUGAGACCAAAAUCUAUGUAUUCUCCAGGGCAGGACAAGUUUUUUGCCCUUUUAUAUAUCAUACUUAUUCCAAUGUUGAAUCCUCUUCUUUACACCCUGAAGAAUAAAGACUUUAACAAUAUUUUAAAAAGAUUAAUAAAACAUUGUUUUCUACUGAACUACAUAUUAAAGUAG